AUGGAGAUGAAGAUGGCCGUCGGCGCGGCCAACUGGCUCGUCGGCAAGGUGCUCACCAAGCUGUUCGACCCGCUGGUGUCCGCCUACAUGGACAGCUCCGACCUCGGCAGCAACUUCCUGACCGCCAAGAACCAGCUUCAGUACACACAGGGGCUGCUGUCUGCAUCCGUGGGCAGGGACGUGGGCGACGAUCCUGGCCUGCGCGGACUGCUGGGGACGUUGAGCAAGAAGGCCGACGAGGCCGAGGACGUACUCGAUGAGCUCCACUACUUCAUGAUCCAGGACGAGGUCGAUGGCACCAAGGAGGCUGCUGCGGAGAUGGGCGGCAGCAUCAAGGGCCAUUCGGUCCAUGGACGCCAUGUUGCUCGCUACACCCUCGGCAACUGCCUUCCGUGCUUUUCAUCUCCGCGCACUCUAGGUGAUGAUCCUCCUCCUGCAGUUGUUGCUGCUGCUGCUGCUACCAGUAGUGAAGACAUGCCUGGUGCUAGUAAUGAUGAUGGCGAUGUUGAUAUUAAGUUGUCAUUCAACAGAGUAGCCAUGUCCAAGAAAAUCAAGUCUGUCAUAGAGGAGAUGAACUCCAUAUGCCUGCUUGUCUCUGACCUGCUCAAAGUCAAAACUGCAGACCACAGUAGCAUUGCAUUAAGCACACAUGCCACCAUUGAAAGGCCUCCAACUGGUUCCAUAGUUCCACAAGAUAGAAAACUGUAUGGAAGGAAUGACAUUUUUGAGCAAACUGUAAAUGCACUUACCGGUGGCACAUACCAUGAUAAAACCCUCUCUGUUCUGCCUUUAGUUGGCCCGGGGGGCAUCGGAAAGACAACCUUCACACAGCACCUGUAUAAUGAUGAAAGGAUCAAGGGGCACUUCCCUGUCAGGGUCUGGGUAUGUGUCUCAACUAGUUUUGAUGUGAUCAGGCUCACCAAGGAGAUACUUGGCUGCAUAUCUGGAACUAAUGCCAACACAUAUGAAACAACAAAUUUAGAUCAACUUCAAAGAGCCAUUGCAGAGAAACUAGACUCCAAGAGGUUCUUAAUUGUGUUGGAUGAUGUGUGGACAUGCAAUAGCGAGCGUGAUUGGGAAAACCUAUUAGCCCCACUCACAAUAGGGGAAACCAAGGGCAGCAUGGUUCUUGUCACUACCCGUUUGCCAUCUGUAGAACAAAUGGUCAAAACAACUGAUCCAGUAAAACUGCAUGGUUUAGAUCCUGAUGACUUCUUUGCAUUGUUCGAAGCAUGUAUAUUUGCUCAUAACAAACCCAGGCUUUAUGAUGAUGACUUAGUUAAUGUUGCAAGAGAUAUUGCAAAGAAACUGAAGGGUUCGCCACUUGCAGCAAAUACAGUUGGCCGGCUGUUGAAGAAAAACAUCUGUUGGCAAUACUGGAUGGGAAUUCUUGAAAAGAAUGAAUGGCACAGUGCAAAAAAUGACGAUGAUAUUUUCCCAUCUCUGCAAAUCAGCUAUAACUACCUUCCUUUCCAUCUGCAGAAAUGCUUUUUUUAUUGUGCCCUCUUCCCAGAAGAUUACAAGUUUUAUGAUUUGGAAAAAAUCACUAACUUCUGGAUCACAAUGGGUAUUAUAGACUCAAAUUGCCAAAAUGACAAGAAUUACUUAGAAGAACUAGUGGACAAUGGUUUCCUCAUAAAGGAUAGUGAUAUGAAUGGUGAAUACUACGUGAUGCAUGAUUUAUUGCAUGAACUAUCUCGGCAUGUUUCAUCACAAGAGUGUGUGAAUAUAAGUAGUUUAAGUUUUAGAGCCAAUGACAUGCCACAAUCUGUUCGGCACUUAUCAAUCACUGUAAGAGAUAAAUAUGAUAAAAGUUUUGGAGAGGAAAUAGGUAAACUCAAGAGUGUAAUAGACAUUGGAAAUCUGCAUAGCUUGAUGAUUUUUGGAUUACAUGAUGUAGAAACAUGUACUAUUCUGAAAGAUGCAUUUGAAGGAAUAAAGAGUCUCCGGGUUCUAUUUAUACCUAGCUUUCCAAAAGAUUUGCCAAAGAGCUUUUCAAAUCUUAUCCACCUCCAAUACCUUAAACUCACACCACCUAGUGAUGAGAGAUAUAAUAAGCAUCCACCUAGAACAUUACCAAGAUUUUACCUUUUGAAAUUCUUGGACCUCUAUGAUUGGCACUAUUAUAUAAUUUUCUUUCCUAAAAGCAUUAGCCUUCUCAUGAGUUUACGCCAUCUUUAUUCUGAGGAAGAACUCCAUUCCAGUAUCCCUGAGGUUGGAAAGAUGAAGUGGUUACAGGAGCUAAGAGAAUUUCAUGUUAAGAAAGAAAGUGUUGGAUAUGAACUGAGCCAGCUGGGGGAAUUGACAGAGCUUGGAGGACAGCUUGCUAUAUGUAAUCUUGAAACCGUGGCAUCCAAAAAAGAAGCUAAUGAUGCUAAAUUGAAGGAUAAAAGAAAUCUGAAAGAAUUGGAAUUAGUUUGGGGUGCAGGGCAAAAGAUUACAGAUGGUGAUAUUCUCGAGGGUCUUCAACCACCCCCUAAUCUUAGAAAGCUUGGCAUUAUAGAUUAUGGUUUUGCCACUGGUCCUAGCUGGUUGUGCAGUGACAUUAGCAUAAAAAGGCUGGAGUCUCUACAUCUGAAUGGUAUAUAUUGGGGCACUCUUCCACCUUUUGAGCAGUUACCACACCUCACCAACCUCCAACUGGAGAAUAUUGCUGGGAUUCGUGUGUUUGGGCCUGGAUUUAUUGGUCUUACAGAGAGAAGUUUUAUGCACCUGAAGACAGUUAUCAUUGGGGAUAUGCCAGAACUUGAGGAAUGGGUCGGGGGACCCAAUAGCCCUUUGUUUUCAAGGCUUGAAAGCAUUGAAUGCUGGUGUUGCCCCCUUCUGUCCUCGUUUUCCUUCUUGCAGUGUUGUACCAACCUUUGCCGACUUCGUAUUGCUGAUUGCCCAGAGUUAUCUCAGUUCCCCUCUCUGCCUCAUACUUCUACACUAACAGACAUUUCUCUGCACAACCGGUUUACCAUAGGUUUGACGUAUGAUGGAAAGUGUUUGUCUGCUUAUAGGUAUGAUGGUGCUUUGGCCUUCCAAAAUAUGGAUAAAGUAGAGUCUAUAGAUAUUGAUGGAUCACCACAUGUCUCAUUGUCAGUGUCAGACCUCCAAAAGAUGAACUCCCUGAGAAAACUACUUGAAUUCGACGGCGCCAGCAUAUUCUCUGCAGAAUGGUUCAAUCCAGUCGUCCUCGAGGAAUUGGCAGCCCAUGACAAGUCUUUGGACGAAAAAAAUACCUCUGUAGCUGCAGGUCUGAUCCCAGAGGUGGCGAUGAGCAAAUAUUUGCACCCAGGUUCAUUCCAACUGGAAGAAAUGCGGGUGGGUAACAUCCUGGCAGUGCUUAUUGCUCCCAUUUGCAGACGCCUUGCCGCUACCCUUCACACAUUAGGGUUCUGCUAUGAUAACGUGACUGAAACCUUCACGGAAGAGCAAGCUCAAGCGCUUAAUCUUCUCACCUCCCUCAAAAGUCUAGAAUUUUUAAGGUGCAACCUGCAGUCUCUCCCUCGGCUAUAUGGCCUUUCUUCUCUCGAGAAAUUUUCGAUCAUGAGAUGUGAUGGAAUCGAAUCACUGCCGUCCAAGGAGGACCUCCCCGCUUCACUGCUGAAACUAAACGUAAGUGGCUGCGGUGAUGAGAUAAAAGAGCAAGCCGAGAAACUUAAAGAAGCAAACCCUUGUUUAUCUGUUUAUGAGGAUACAAUCUUAUACUACUAUCCAUAG